AUGAACGACAUUUCCAUCAUACCUGAAUCAGCAUGGUUACAACUCAUUGGCGAGGUUGAACUGUGUUAUUACACGGACGACCCAAACAAAGCAGAGACAUCCUUCAAUAUCGAAACGAACCCAUUCACACUCGAAGAAGAGUGGGCAGACAAGGAUAUUGAAGUACUUUAUUAUACUGAUGACCCAGCAGCAAUAGAAUCAGUGGUCACAAUCGAAACCGAUCCAUUUACUUUAGCUGAAGAAUGGGAAGAUAAAGAGAUCAAAAUCAUCGAAUACACCGACGAUCCCAAUCAAACAGAAUCAACGAUCACAAUCGAAACCGAACCUUUUACCUUAUAUGAUGAAUUAGGCGAUAGUGUCGAUGUCCUGUAUUACACAGAUGACCCAUCCAAAACGUCAGCCGAAUUAAAUAUCACUGCAAACUACUCCCCAUUGGAUGAACUUGAGGGAGAUUUUGACGUCGUUACGUGGACAAAUGAUGAAGACGUUAUUGCAGGCAAUAGCGACAUGAUAUUAACGUACAAUGCGUUGCCUUUCGAACAAUUAAUUGUGCAACCAUCUGAUAUUGCUUUGUACGGAGAUGUGAAAAAAAUUAUUGCUACGAAAGUAGUCGCAACCUCUGCUGAGGGCAUAUUGAAAUUGGCUGCAUCGUUUGACUCCGGGAUAACAUGGAAGACGUAUCAUUUCAAUAAGUGGUUCGAUGUGGAUAUUACGAAUUCAACUUUGUUCAAGAGAAGGGAA